UUUUUAUGUGUUUCUGUUUCUUACAGAAUGCAAAGUUUGGCGAAAUCCUUUAAAUCUGUUCAGAGGAGCUGAAUAUAAUCGGUAUACAUGGGUAACAGGGAGAGAACCUUUGACUUACUAUGAUAUGAAUCUUUCAGCACAGGACCAUCAGACAUUCUUUACAUGUGACACGGAUCAUUUACGGCCUGCAGAUGCUAUAAUGCAAAAAGCCUGGAGAGAGAGAAACCCUCAAGCCCGAAUUUCUGCAGCACAUGAAGCUUUGGAAUUGAAUGAGUGUGCUACUGCCUAUAUUCUCCUAGCUGAAGAGGAAGCGACAACAAUUGUAGAAGCAGAGAAGCUGUUCAAGCAAGCUCUGAAAGCUGGAGAGGGGUGCUACAGGCGCAGUCAGCAGUUGCAGCACCACGGUGCCCAGUAUGAAGCCCAACACAGAAGGGACACGAAUGUGCUAGUGUAUAUUAAGAGGAGGCUGGCAAUGUGUGCAAGAAAGCUGGGAAGGACCAGGGAAGCAGUGAAAAUGAUGAGAGAUUUGAUGAAGGAGUUUCCUCUGCUCAGCAUGUUCAACAUCCAUGAAAACCUACUAGAGGCUUUGUUGGAACUGCAAGCAUAUGCAGAUGUCCAGGCAGUCUUAGCAAAGUAUGAUGAUAUAAGCUUACCAAAAUCAGCAACAAUAUGUUACACAGCUGCAUUGCUCAAAGCCAGAGCUGUCUCUGACAAAUUUUCUCCAGAGGCUGCCUCAAGGCGAGGGCUGAGUACUGCAGAGAUGAAUGCAGUAGAAGCUAUUCACAGAGCAGUAGAAUUUAAUCCACAUGUGCCAAAAUAUCUACUAGAAAUGAAAAGCUUAAUUCUGCCCCCUGAACAUAUUCUGAAGAGAGGGGACAGUGAAGCAAUAGCAUAUGCUUUCUUUCAUCUUCAACACUGGAAAAGAGUAGAGGGGGCAUUGAACCUCUUACACUGUACAUGGGAAGGCACUUUCAGAAUGAUCCCCUAUCCACUGGAAAAAGGACAUCUUUUCUACCCUUACCCUAUUUGUACAGAAACUGCAGAUAGAGAACUACUACCAUCAUUUCAUGAAGUUUCUGUUUACCCCAAGAAAGAACUUCCCUUCUUCAUCCUCUUCACUGCUGGACUCUGUUCUUUCACAGCCAUGCUGGCCCUCCUGACACAUCAGUUCCCAGAGCUUAUGGGGGUCUUUGCAAAAGCUGUGAGUAUUCUAUGCUGUUGCUCCCUUCUAGUAAAUAAAGACAUCUGUGCAGGAAGGGCUGAGCUAAAUACCGCCAG